AUGCCGCCUCCCACAAAGAACCGUCCACCUAAUCGCGGCGACGUAUCGCUAAGCUCAACUGUCGGAGCCCCUACACCUGCACGCUAUGCAACCCAAGCCUACCGAGCCCGCAACGUCGGCAACGUCUCCCUCGCAUCGACAGCGGCACCAAAUAAACCUGGCCGACCACCAAGGUCAGCGCUCACCACACCUGCCAUGCGCGCACUCGCCGAUACCAGCACUUCUUCCUACGCUUCCUCUUCAGCCGCUCCACGACCGCGUGGUCGACCACCAAAGUCGAUCUUGAGCACACCAGGAAGCCGUACACUCACAUCACCUGGUAAUGCUAGCGUCUCCUUCUCCGACCAGAACAGGCCUCGUGGUAGACCACCAAAGUUUCGCGCAACCGAUAUUGACACCUCUACAUCCAAAACCCCUCCAGCGAAGAAGCGCGGUAGAUCCUCUAAAGCUUCUCUUGCAGCCGCCUCAGCCGAUGCUUCAGCAUCCACGUCCAUGGGUCCGCCUGCCCAGAAGCCUCGGAGCAGACCUCCUGCUAGCGCUGCCAAAGCCAAGUCGAAACCUGCCCUUGGACUCCCUCAGAGUGCAACGCGGCAUUCCCGACCAGUCGAAGGAGACGAGGAUUCGGCAUCGGACGUUUCCCUCGUCGAUGGCGUUUCAGAUGAAGAUUCGGACGCGUCAGAAGUGCAAUCUGAAGAAGACGAAGAGGCGGGCAUGUCAUCAGAUGAUCCAGAUGCAACAGUACCAGGCACAAGGAGAUUGAAAGCAAAAAAUCGGAAAGGAUGGCCGAGUGAACGAGAAAGGCUGCGAAAAUGGCGCCGACUCAGCGUCGAGGAACGUGAAUGCGUUACCUCUGAAGGUGGAUUGAUUUGGCGUACUGCUAUUCCACUACUCAACUCGAUGCCAAAGAACAUCCGUUCAAUGGUAGCUGACUCCCUCACUCGCGCACUCAAUCGAAUCGACGGUAAACUCGAAUCAGGCCUCGUGCCUCCCCUCCCACGCAUUCCUCAAGGCACGACAUCCUCCCUCCUCACGUCUUCCGCUGCUAGUAGCGCACGUCGAGAUCUUGCGAGCACCAUGCUAUCUUGGCGUUUAGAAGAGGAAGGAGCUCUUCUUCGUGCUGAGAAGCCUGAAUCGUCAAGGGGAAUUGACACGAUGAGUUUGGGAAUGAACGCUGAGAUUAUGGAAUUGGAGCAAAUGUUACUCCCCGAAGCAGAACAAAUCGUCGAACUUUCCAAAACGCUCAAACAUCAAUCGGAUCAACUUGAACUAUCGCAAUCCGACAUAGUAAAGCUGAAACGCGACAGAAGAUUGAUCAAGAGCGGUGGAACGAGCGACUAUCCUGGCAAUCUGGAGGCAAACGAAUUGAUCUCAAUCACAGCUCAGAAACCAGAGCUUGAUGCCAGUCUAUCAAGCUUCCUCCGAAUCGGGUCAAAAGCUUAG